GUAAAGUGUUCCAGCACAUUAUCAGACUUUGGUUUUGAUUAAAACCUCCAGCUGACAGUGGAGCCAGUGGCCGUGGUGACGGCACCUUAAAAGCUGAGGCUGAAGAGCGCCUCAAUAUCAGUCAACUGCCCUGAGACGGUGGCCAUUCUGGAUCACUGACCCACAAAUUUAAGACUCAGACAAAUCCAGGUUGCACUGUGUGGGUUUUAACCCUGUCCUGGGUCAGCCCCCUACCCCAAUACCUCAUCAUCCUUAAAGCAGCUCAUCAGUUUGCGUCCAGCCUGAAGGUUCUGAUGGAGCUCCUCACAGGACUACAUGCUUUGCUUGCCACCAGAAUGGCUCUUAUUUAGGAAUAUUUAUCUUUACAAUAUACUCACACAGGUGGGGAAGGUCCUGAGAUCGCAGAGAUUCUUUAACGUUUCAUUCAAGGACCGAAAACGACGCUCGAGGAUCUUUUGUGUCCGUUAUGUCAAAUUCCAUUGGAGGUUUAGCGGAAGUCAGUGUUUACGGAUCCCGGAUCGGAAUCCCAGAAGAUUCCCUCACCAUCCUCGAGCGAAACAGGGAUUGUGGUGAACCCUGGGACGCGGUGGAGGCCAAGCCAGGCAGCAUGUCAAGCCUUUACCUGCCCUGCUUCGACAUGCUGGCCACAGAGGACGCCGCCUGGCUCGUCAAGGUGUCCGAGGGCUCGAACAUGUCUCGAAUGGAGGCGUCCCGAGAGGAGCCGGAGCAGUGCCCGGUCAUUGACAGCCAGGAGCAGGGACUCUCACCGGGGUUGGAGGGCCCCGAGGCGGAGCGGUCCCUAGAGCAGGUGCAGAGCAUGGUGGUGGGCGAGGUGCUGAAGGACAUCGAGACGGCUUGUAAGCUGCUCAACAUCACGCCAGACCCGAUGGACUGGAACACGGCCAACGUACAGAAGUGGCUGCUUUGGACCGAGCACCUGUACAGGCUACCCCAUGCAGGGAAGGCCUUCCAAGAGCUGAUGGGACGGGACCUUUGUGCCAUGAGCGAGGAGGACUUCCGCCAGCGCUCUCCGCAGUGCGGAGACACAUUGCAUGCACACUUGGACAUUUGGAAGUCUGCUGCCUGGAUGAAGGAAAGGUGCACAGUUGGAGACAGCAAAAGUCCUGGCACUGAUGAGCUAUGGUCUGAGGCUGAUUCCUCUUGUUCGGGUCAACCGAUUCACUUGUGGCAGUUCCUCCGAGAACUUUUGCUCAAACCUCACAACUACGGACGCUGCAUCCGCUGGCUCAACAAAGAAAAAGGUAUUUUUAAAAUCGAGGACUCGGCUCAUGUGGCAAGGCUGUGGGGGCUGAGGAAGAACCGUCCCGCUAUGAACUAUGACAAGCUAAGCCGCUCCAUACGUCAGUACUACAAGAAGGGCAUCAUUCGCAAGCCGGACGUCUCUCAGAGGCUGGUGUACCAGUUUGUGCACCCGGUAUGAAGAGCAAUACAUGCAAAAAGCCACUCAAAAAAAAAAAAAAGACUCCUGGAGGUGACCUCUGGCCAAAAAAGGUCGGACAAAGUAUGCAAAUCGUUUUCCACUGCCAACACAAUGUUGUUCACCACAGCCACUAAAUAUACUGUACAUUGACUACAUUGUCUAUAGCGCAAUAUGCCUGUUUCUUUGUUUUUACAAAGUGAUUUUCUAUAUUUUUCUAAUGAAACACGUCUUAAAAAUACAACAGGAAGUGAACAUAUAAGGACAAAGGACAAGAGCGAAAGACAAAACAGGACAGAAAUACAAGGUUGCCCACCCUGUAGAAACAAAGGGAGGAAAAUACAGUUGGAUUUACUUUGACAUGAAUAAUAGAAAUUGAAAAUAAGACGACAAAGGGUUGGUUCCCUCACCAGGUUAAAACAUCUUUUACUUCAUGUGUACAGUCAUCCCUCGCUACAUCGCUGUUUGAAGAUUGCUCGCUCACUCAAUCGUGGUUUUUGAAAAAUGUAUUGAUAAAUGAUCACUGUUUUGUGGUUGGUUAUGGCCUAUUAGUCAAAAAAAUAUUGAAAGCCAAGUCAUAAAGUGGUGUGAAAAAGUGUUCCUUUGUCACACCUAAAUGUUUCAGAUCAUCAAGCAAAUUUAAAUAUUAGUCAAUGACAGCACAACUGAACACAAAAUGCAGUUUUUAAAUACAACCUAUAAUUAUUAUUAUUUAUUAUUAAUGUCCACCAAGGCCGCACGGUGGUCUAGUGGUUAGCAUGUUGACCAAGACCUGGGUUUGAUUCUCCCCUGGGCAUUUCUGUGUGGAGUUUGCAUGUUCUCCCUGUGUGUGUGGGGGUUUUCUCCGGGUACUCCAGUUUCCUCCCACAUUCCAAAAACAUGCAUGUUAGGUUAAUUGGCGACUCUAAAUUGUCCAUAGUAUGUAAGUGUGAAUGGUUGUUCGUCUAUAUGUGCCCUGCGAUUGGCUGCCGACCAGUCCAGGUUUUACCCCGCCUGUCGCCCGAAAUCAGGCUCCAGCAUGCCCCCGCGACCCUAAUGAGGAAAAGCGGUAUAGAAAAUGGAUGGAUGGAUAGAAGUCCACCUAUGAAUGGCUGAAGAAAAACAAAAUGAUGACUUUGGAGUGGCCUAGUCAAAGUCCUGACCUGAAUCCUAUUGAGAUGCUGUGGCAUGCGGUUCAUGCUGAAAACCCUCCAAUGUGGCUGAAUUACCACAAUUCUGCAAAGAUGAGUGGACUAAAAUUCCUCCACAGCGCUGUAAGAGACUCAUUGCAAGUUAUGGCAAACGUUUGAUUACAGUUGUUGCUGCUAAGGGGGGCCCAACCAGUUAUUAGGUUUAGGGGGCAAUCACUUUUUCCACAAAGGGCCUUGCAGGUUUGGAUUUUUUUUUUCUCCCUUAAUAAUAAAAAGUGUCAUUUAAAAACUGCAUUUUGUGCUCAGUUGUGUUGUCAUUGACUAAUAUUUAAAUUUGUUUGAUGAACUGAAACAUUUAAGUGUGACAAACAUGCAAAAAAAGUAAAUCAGAAAGGGGGCAAACAUGCACCUCUUUAUGUAGUAUUCUGGUCACUAGGCGUCAGUAAUAGGGGUGUUAUCGCAAGAUCUCAUGUCACAAGAUGUCAUGAGACUAAAACAUGACAAGAUUUGAUGUUUUGAAAAAAAAAUUUUCUCGUGGGCACUAGGCCUGGGACGAUAAUAAAUUCAUUAAUUUAUCACACAAUAAAUGAAAAUGAACUCCAUAAUUUUGCCAACCUCAAUACAUUGCCGUGUGCAUGUAUGCCUGUUUUCCUUACCUCCUGCCUGCAUGAAGAGAGUUCACUUAUUGGUUUCAGCACCUUGGCGCCUUUGUUCCAUAGAACAACAGCAUGAACGGAGUUUUGUCAGUCUUUGUCUCAGUGGGUGGAGGCGGGGCCGGUAGUAUACACACAGAGUGCAGAAGAGUGUAACGUAGUAGAAAUUAAAUGAGUAAAUUGCAAUAUAUUGUAAUAUAUUUUUUGUUUUUCAUUGUACCUUUCUUAAAAGUAAUGUAAUGUCCUGGGAUCGUUCAAAUUUUUAAAUUUCAAUCCCGAGUUUCCAUGCCUUGUCCGAUGACCGGAAGAAAUAGCCACAAACGCCAACGAAAAAGAAGCGGCUACAAUGUUUGCCUUAACUUAAUAAAAAAAAUUUUAAAAAAGAGUGAUUGGCUCAGUGCAAUAUUUGCAACACAAUGAUAUCAAGCAAAGGAGGGUGCAUGACAAACAAGAUUAAAAAACUCCAGAUUCAUGGUGUACAAAUAAUGGAGCCCUACAUUGAGCUUCCGCUACGCAGUCCGAAUCAGGGAGGUCACACAAUAAGUGACGUCUGUCUCAUGCCAAUGUCCAGAAGAUUUCAGGAUGCCUCUUGAUGUUGUGGAAGUUUGGUCAAAA